UUAGUUUCGCUUCUUCAAGGAAAACUUGAUUCUUUAGUGGGAAAAUCGUCAGGUUAUAUUGAGAACCUACCCGAAGAAGUCAAGGAUCAAGAUAUUUUAGCACUCGAAAAAAAAUAUUUAGAGUUAUACAGGCCAUUAUAUGAAAAACGAUUAAAAGUAGUUCGCGGUGAGUGCGAACCAACCAAGGAGGAAAUAGAAAUAGGCGCGACGCUUGAUGAAGAACAACAGACGGAAAUAGAGGAGAACGCACAACCGGAAAAAAAUAAAGUACAAGAGAAUAAAGAGAGUAAGAAGGAACCUGUUAAAGGAAUUCCAGAAUUUUGGCUUACGGCUAUGAAAAAUUUAGGAACGAUUGCGGAGAUUAUUACUGAUCGGGAUGAAGAAGCAUUAAAGCAUUUGAUUGACAUACGCAUGUCAUAUCUCGAAAAACCAGGUUUCCAACUUGAGUUCGAAUUUGAAGAGAAUCGAUUUUUUAAGAAUAAAACCUUGACAAAAACUUAUUAUUAUCAAGAUGAUCCAGGAUAUGGUGGAGAUUUUGUUUAUGAUCAUGCAGAAGGUACAGAUAUUGAUUGGAAAGAAGGUGAAGAUCUUACA